AUGGAGGAGAAUGUGGCUUCUCCUGUCUACGCUGUGUAUUAUCCAGCGGAUAUUGCGAAGUCCCCGCGGAAUGUCUUCAUGACAUUGAAGGAAGCCGUCAGUUUUGCCAAUUCGCCUGAAGGAAAGUCUAAAGGUGCACGUUUCAACCGCUUUGGAACACCAAAAGAAGCAAUGGACUUUUUUGCUUCCGGUGAAUGCCGGAGUCCUCCUCCACAACCUGCGACACCGACUUUGAUAUCAGAACCAACAAUUCCACAUCCAUCAGUUAGUCGCAUCGACAUGAACAAAUUGAAGAGGGCUAUUGAAAAGGAAUCGGUGCAGGCAGUUUGUGAGCUCGUUAGUUCGAAUCCAAGAUUCCUUGUUAACACCAAUGGUGACACGGCGGCGAUAGUGAUG